UAUACAAUUAGCGCUGCCUGGCUCAACUUCAGGCCAAAUUGAGGGAUUGGGUAAAACAAAGAACCCUACAAAACCCUCUGUAAAAGCUUGCAAAACAAAUAGAAAAAUAACAAUCUUUAUUUGUUGAAAAAAGAAAAUCAAAACCCAAUGGCAUUGACAAUCUCCAAUGUUUUUCACUGCCCAAAACCCAGAAUUUCACCACUUAAUUCUAUCCCCAACUCUUCAAUCUCAAAGCUAUCAUCUUCCUAUCUCAGGUUUCCCAGGAGAUUUUCUUUUCCGAAGAAUAGAAUCGCGAUUUGUGCCGCUUCAUCUGCAGCAGGAAGUUCUAAUCCGGAUAGUGACUUGAACCCGUAUGAGGUCCUUGGUGUGAGCCCUAUUGAGGGAUUUGAAAAGGUCAAGCAAGUAUAUACAAGAAAACGAAAAGAGGCUGAUAAGAGAGGCGAUGAGGCUACUGCUGCACUUCUCGAGAAAGCAUAUGACAAACUCAUGAUGGCACAAUUAAUGAAUCGGAAGAAGGGUGUGACAUAUGGUUCGUUUAAGGUUUCAAAGGACGUGAAAUACGCUGAUAAGCAGCCGAUUGUAUCAUGGGGGCCAAGGUUCUCAAAGUCUACUGUUCAAGAUACGCGUAUCAACAUGGCAAUUUCUGCUGUAUUUACAGCUUGGAUUGUUAUCAAGCGCAAUGCUGAAUAUAAACCUUUGCAGUUUUUGGCUUUUGCAUUUGUUUAUCGCAUUUUUGAGAAGUUGAAAGCUUUUGAACCACCCGUAUCACCAACAUUUACAGAAGAAGGGGAAGAUGAUGGGCGAGGACUGCGAAUGGGAAAAAGGCUUCUCCGUUCACUUGCACUAGUUUUCGGUUGUAUUGCGUUGUCCUCUCUGGCAUACACGGGUAUUUUGAACUUGAUUGAGUACAUUGGCAGUUAUAUACCUGCUGUUCUCUACAAUAACCAGGAACUCAUAGUGACAACCGCAUCAGCAGUUUCGCUAUACGUUAUGGCAUCGUACUAUAGGUAACGAGUUUAACAGAGUUUCAAGUUCGGAUCGAGGAACUGCUGAGUUUAACUGAGUUUCGAGUUUGGAUCGAGGAACUGUUUAGCAGGUCAUAGUUUAGGAGCUUGUUUCAUACUCUGUUAAAUUUUAGCUCUCCAAUUUUGUCUAAUAAGGUACAAAAUUAUUACAAGGUUGAAAGUUAAAAUGGAAAAACAUGGUUUUGCUUCCACCAUUGUAGCAUCAUUUUUGUUGGUAGAUCUGUUUUGCUUUAAGGAUUCAAUUCAGGCUUUAAUUGAGUUUUUUAUUUUUAUUUGUGUUGAGAGUUGAGGGCUUGACAUGUGUAAAUCGUAUGUUUUUGGUUAUAUAAUUGACCCGUCCAAGAGUUGAGAUGACUAUUCAAGUCUAAUAGAAUGAUUAUUUGAAUCGGAUUGGAAA